AUGGACGCAGAUCGAUAUAGUGACCUUCACCCGGACAACAAUGCUGCCUACUUGGUGGCUUCCAUUUACAUCCCAUUCGCCGUCUUCGCCGUCGGGAACUUCGUCUCCACGGUCGCCGAGUACUACAUGCAAAAAAGCGAAAGGAAACGACGCGCGGAGAUCCUGAACCGGAAAUAUGCAUUCGAAGAGCUGUUGGCCAUGGACGAGAACAACGACGGGAGCGUGGAUAUCAUGGAGUUUACGAUCUACUUGUUGAAGCUGUGGUAG